CAAUACACAAAAGCCUACUGUUUAUAGCAGCUCUGUUUCGCACCACCGUGACUUUCACUUGUAGAAGAAGAAGCACUGACGUAUGGACAUUUCUAAACAUUCUACGUAAAAACAAAGGACGCAAUUUACUAUUUGGACUAAGUUUGAAUUUGUAUGUAAAUUAAUUACAUUAUAUUUCAGUGGUGUAAAAUAGUUUAGGAUAUUUAAGAAAUACAAUGCCUGCAGAUCAAAUACAGUACUCGGAAAAGUACUUCGAUACCAUUUACGAAUACAGACAUGUAAUUCUUCCCCCGGAUUUAACAAAGCUGGUACCGAAGUCUCACUUAAUGAGUGAAACUGAAUGGCGAAAUUUAGGUGUGCAGCAAAGUCCUGGUUGGGUACACUACAUGAUACACGCGCCUGAACCUCAUGUAAUACUGUUCCGAAGACCGCGGACUGAUAUCCCCGAAACAGGGGCGAAUAUUAACUCCAACAAUUCCGUUGCCAUAAAAAAUGCAAAUAAAGAACCACCUGCAGCCCAACAGAAGCAAAUAAACCCUAACAAUAAUGUAUCAGUACAUGGAUAAUAAUAAUAUGUUUCUCUAUAACAUAAUAAGGUUGGACGGUGCAAGACACCUCAUUCAAAAUAUUAGUAAUUGUAAGAUUUUUUUUAUAAUUUUUUUAUUUUAAAUUUUAAACGUUUGUGAAAAAAUGGAAUCAUCCAUUAAAAAUGCAUGAAUUACUCAGCGUUACAAAUCAAAUAAUUAUAUUUAAUUUACUGUAAAUGUAUUACACAUUGAUCUGUGAAAAGACUACCUAAAUGUUGACAUUGUUUUACACAAAAGAAAUAUAAUCAAGCAUACAUAUAUAAUAUGGAACAAAAAAAAGCAAAUUAAAAAUUCAAUUAGCGUUAAGGUUUUAUUACUGCGAUGGAAUAAAAUAUUGUCUUUUGUAUAAGACAUAAUGAAACAGUU